AUGAUCCCCACAGAGCUGCGGGCUGACGGACACACACACAUCACAUUUCAAAUUAACAGCCCCGAGGCUCCUCCGACUGCUCCAGCCUGGGACCAUGCCCCGGGGGCUGAAUAUUUGCCAGAAAUCGCCAAAGAUGCAGUUUGUCCUGUAGAUGCCAAGCAGGAGCUCUUGAAUGAAUGUGAGAGUAUUUGGAAGCAGAUGAAGGAGUGUCAGAGCAACGUACAACUUCUAGGAACAGAAACGCUUUUGAAGUCAGAGGCCAAGCAUUCCUUGUUAACCAUGCAAGCAAAAGCUUUAACAGCGGAAUGCAGUGAAUGGCAACAAAGUCCUGAAAUAACUUCUGCCAAUCCAGAUGUACUGCUAGCAUUAGGAAUGGAAAAGUUGCAGAAAGUAAAGAAUAAUCUUGAAAUGAUGCUGUCAACAGCUCAGUUAAAGAAUAAACGUCUGGAAGAAGAUCUGAAACGAGAGCAGCAGUGGUAUGAUGAACAGCAGAAGAUACUAAAUACUCUUAAUGGAAUUGAAGAGGAGACAAAAACUCAAGCUAAAGAACUUUCCAAAACAAGUUUUAGUGGUAGGCUAUUAUAUGAAGUGCAAACUCAAGCACUGAAAUUGAAGAUGUAUAAGGAAGACAUUUUGAAUGCUCUGGGUGACUUCCUGUCACAACACUUCCCCCAUCCAGAGAAAGGCAGAAAUGCUAAAAACAGUAAGAUUGCUUCUGAACAGCCAGAUGUAGAGCUGAUAACACUGCAGGAACUUUUAGAGAUUCUUAUAAACAAAUUAAUGAGCACACCACAUGAACCCUACAUAGCAAUCAAGGACUCAUUUUGGCCACCUUAUAUUGAGCUGCUGCUGCGAUAUGGAAUCGCCACGAGACAUCCAGAAGAUCCAAACAGAAUACGCCUGGAAGCCUUUUACAUGUAG